AUGGACAAGUACCCCUGCAUCAACAGACAAAAGCAUGGUGUGGAUUGCCCUGAGUGGCACUACAUUUUUGGAGCCAGAUGCGUAGAUUGUGUGACGGUGAGCAGCCCCUGGAGGAGGAAAGACUCUCGUUAA